GCAUUGAUGAAGUUGGUGUAACUAAAGAAGCAGAUGAUGAUGUUGAUGUGACUAAAGCAGAUGUAGAUGUUAAUGCAACUAAAGCAAACACAUUAGAUGUAACUAGCUCACAGUUUCGAAAAUGG